GCAGCAUCUUUGGACGUAGCCUCCUGUGGCAAUUACGUCAGGAAUCGCGUCGGCAGUUUUAUUUUAAAGACUAAAGAGCACAAGUGUGCAGUAAAUUAUAAUCGCUAAAUGGGUUACAAUGGGACCUUGUGGUUAUAAUAAAUAAGGGUCACGGCACUGAUCGAGUAUCGAACUCGGAACGGGCCCAGCUCGGCGUCGGGCGCGCGCUUCACGGACACGUCAAUCAAACAAUGGGCGGAGCCUGCGGCUCGGUCAGCCCUUGCACCUGCGCCGUGGGCCCGGAAGUUGAAGGACGAGGUGGUCACUGGGGAGUGGAGUGCUGAGGGGCAGCGAGAGUCGGCAUGGAGAGACUCCGGAGCAGUUUCUUCCGGGCCCGGCGGUCCGCUGCUUCGGAGCCGGUCAAGUUGAGAAAAAGGAAAUCGACGCUCUAUAGUAAAGAAUGCCCUAACGUGGAGCGGGGAACAGGAUUAUUGGGUCCAAACACUUAUUUAAUGAUGUUGUCUAUAGCUCUGCGAUCUGCGGACUGCCUUCUGGUGCAGACUAGCUUUGUUGCUGAUGAGUAUUGGCAGUCACUCGAAGUUGCUCACAAUAUGGUCUUCAAGUAUGGUUAUUUAACAUGGGAAUGGAAAGAAAGGCUACGAGGCUACACCUACCCUUUGAUUUUUGCAAUCUUCUAUAAGUUGUUGCAAAUAUUCAAGAAGGACACAGUACAACUGCUGAUUUGGAUUCCUCGACUGGUCCAGUCCUUUUUGGCAGCACUGGCAGAUGUAAAACUAUAUUCCAUUGUGAAGAAACAGGCCAAUGCAGAGAUUGCAAAGUGGGUGUACUUCUCUCAGUUGUGCUCCUGGUUCACAUGGUAUUGUAGUACCCGAACUAUUACCAACAGCAUGGAAGCUGUUCUAACCAGCUUUAUACUUUAUUACUACCCUCUUCAGGGAACAAAGACUGGAAGCAGUUCAAAAUAUCUCGCUUUGACUGCAUUUGCAUUUACUGUGCGUCCCACUGCUAUUAUUCUUUGGCUGCCGCUGGUAUUUACUCAUUUCUGGCAAGAAAUGAAGAAACUGGAUCUUCUCUUACACAAAUGUCUACCAGUUGGAUGCUUAUCACUUGGGAUUUCACUGAUCAUUGACCGAAUAUUUUAUGGUGAGUGGGUAAUGGUUCAGUGGAAUUUUCUCAGAUUCAAUGUGAUUGAGAACAUGGGGUCAUUCUAUGGCUCCCAUCCCUGGUACUGGUACUUCACUCAAGGAUUUCCUGUUAUCAUGGGAACACAUUUGCCAUUCUUCAUCCAUGGAUGUCUUUUGGCACCCAAGAGGAACAGAAUUUUACUACUGGCAGUUCUUUGGACAAUUAUUGUAUACAGCUUCUUAAGCCACAAAGAGUUUAGAUUUAUUUAUCCAAUAAUGCCCAUCUGCAUGGUAUUUUGUGGGUAUUCACUGGCUAAUUUGAAAGCUUGGAAGAAACCAGCAGUCAUUUUCCUGUUUCUUUCCAAUUUGUGUUUAAUUCUGUAUACUGGAUUAAUUCACCAGCGUGGAACACUGGAUGUAAUGCACUAUGUUCAGAAACUCUGUAAGGGCACCAUGCUGGAGAAGGAAGAGCCCUCUGUGUUCUUUCUGAUGCCUUGUCAUUCAACUCCAUUCUACAGCUAUGUUCAUUGCCCAAUAAAAAUGGACUUUCUGGAAUGCCCUCCUGACCUGAGUAGAAAUAUUUCCUAUGUUGAUGAAGCUGACUUGUUUUUCAAGGAGUCCCUUACGUGGUUGAACACAAGAUUUUAUAAUCAAGCCUCCCUUCCCACUCAUCUAGUCUUGUACAAUGUAUUGGAACAGAACAUUGAACCCUUCCUAAGGAUUAAAAACUACGUGAAAGUGGCGACAUUUUUUCAUACUCAUGUACCCGAAGGUCGAGUAGGAAGCCAUAUUCAUGUAUUUGAAAGGAAAAACAUGGAUAAUAGGUGAUAAGACUAUUCAGAUGUGUAUGUGAAUGUAUUUACUGUUGUUUGUUUUUAUAAAACAGUUUCUCUUCUUCAAACUUGUCUUUAUUUUUGGGUAUUCUAAGUUGAUGUCUAGGGCAUGUAUUUACUCAAAGACAGAUAAUACUUAGAAAACACCCUGCUAAUAGCAUAUGAUGUGUUAACACAACUCAUUGGGAUCAGUAGUUAGCAUGAAUCUUGGGAAAUGUAGCUUGUUAAACCAUCAAGAUAUUUAUUAGAAUAUUACCCUAUUGCACUGGUAGGCAAGAUGAGGAUUGAGCUUAUAAAUGUUUCACUAAAAUACAAAAUGAAAAUACUUUUUUGACAAGUUAAAAUGAGACCUGAUAUGCCAGAAUUAAUGUCAUAUUAUUGUUGUUCCACAAUUUCAUGAUUGUAGGUAAUUAUUCUUCUGCUGAAUCUGUUCAGCAGAUUAGUCAAUUGAAUGGAAUGAGUUUUUUCUUGGAAUUUAGGGUGUGAGAAGACAACCUUAGAGAUUCUUUUUGAUAUUAUCAAACUUCAGUAAUAAUCUUUGUCCAAUGAUUUCUUUAUUGUACUUUUAUGUGCAAGUUACAUUUAGAACUGCAUAGUUUGUCAUUAAAGUCAAAUUGUAUGGAUGGAUGGAUGUGUCUAUUGCAGUGUUAAUUGGUUGUAGAUUUGAACUUGAGGAAUAUGAGAGUUAAAACAGCUUGCUCAGCUAAAGUUGUUAUUGUGCAAGGUAAUAUAUUAGAGUACAAGAUCUUAGUGGAAUGAAUUUUGCCUGCAUCAGCUUGAUGUUCUGCAGGCUAAUAAUACGGUGCCAGGGAAUGAAAGAACAAUCUGACCUUGUAGAGACAUUAUUAUGAAAGCUCAACAGUUAUUGUUUAUAACCAAUAUACAAGCUGUAAUCGAUUCAGUGGACUGGUUUUGUGAUUAUACUAAGUCGUCAACUGUAACAUAGAAAUUUAAUAACUCAGAAGGAGCCCAUUCACCCCAGUGUGAACAGUUGGUUUAAUGCCAUCUCCAGCAUAAGUAGUGUAACUGUCAGGUUACAGAUCCUUUAAGAAAAUCAGCUGUAUCAAACAUUGAUUGUGUAAUAUCCUAAUUAUUUGCUUAAAUUAAUGCAAAAAAAAAAGCUACAUAAUAUUCUGCAAAUGCCA